GAUCUGACACACGUGUACGGUUCACACUCAAGUAAAACAUGCCGUUCAUCCUCUACUCCUUUGUUGCAGAGGGGGCAAAGCCUGGCAUUUCUAGGUAAAUGGCGGUCUCUAUUCAGCAAAGCCGAAACCUCAUAAGGAAUCUGUGUGCUUCAAAAGGGAUACAACAGUGAGCGUAGGGUGGGUGCAUGGGUGGCGCCGCUCGCUCAAAACUAAGCCCCAUCCAGUGCUUGUAUUUGGACACGGCGUGUGCAUUGCGGAGUUAUAAGGGUCACUCGGGGGCACAGCCGGGCGUCCAAAGUCCAAACCUUCCCAUAUGCCCUCAUAUGUCAUCCUUUGCGGCGGCAUUGGCCCUUCUUCCCGCUGGCUGGGCUGCCGCCGCGCGUGCGGCCCAGCUGGCUCGGGGGCCUGCCGCCGCGCUGCCGCUCCCGGCGGCCGACAUCGCGGGGACCGUGCUACAAAUGACUCCACAGUUAGCCGCCCUGAAGGCUAAGCAUCUGCAGUAUCACAGUAUGUGUGCGACGCGGGUGUGUCGGGGGUGGAGGCUGCCCUGGCGGCGGGGGCCUUCGUGUGCACCUUGGCCCGCUUGUGGUCGCUGAAAUGGGAGAAUCAUCACAAAGAAGCACUGUGGCGUGUGGCCGCCAACGCUUGCUGGGCGUUUCCACGGCAUGCUAGCGAGCGUGCGCGCGGCGUUGCUGUUGACCCGUGUUGGGCGUGUGGGGUUGACAUGCAGGAUGGGGACCGGCGUCACUGGUUUUGGGACUGCACUGUGGCGCUGUCCCUGCGGGAAAACAUGGGAAUGGCUAUGGGUUUUAUGCCAGAGGAUGCUCUAAGUGCCUUCUCUCGUGAGGAGUUGUGGUUAGUGCGCCCGCCUGCGGGGCUUGCGCCACCUGUGUGGGAUGUGGUGUGUCUCGCUGCUAUGUCUGCCCUGGACUUUGGUCGGCAGCGUGUGGUUAUGGCCGGGCUGGCGGCGCGAGCGAAGCUGCCGUCGGCCCGGGUGCUGAGCAUUGGACUUGCCGUCGUAGCUGACUUCUGGGGUCGGCUCCAGACGUUUGUGACUUUGGGUAUCAGGCCAAAGGGUUGGGACGCUGUGCCGUCUGCGCAUCCUUUCAUCUCUCGGGCUGUUGGUGACGGCAUGGUUUUGCGCUUGCCGUAUGACGCUGAUUCCCCGCCUCCCUCGCCGUGAGAGGUUGUGCGUGGUUGGUGGCUUUGUGUGUGGGCAGGAUGCACGUGUGGGCGACCGUUCUAGUACCUGGACGCUUGCGCCCUAGUUAGUGCGUGCGCUGUGCGUGUGUCCUGCGGCCUAGACGUUUCCCGGCACUGCUGUGCCUAGGCUUGUGGCGUUGAGGCACAGCGGUGGGGCUCUGGCGGGUUGAGGCUUGGCUAGGACUCACUGUGCGCGGAGUCACACGGACUUUGCCCGCGGGAGGGUUUGCAGCAAAGUCGGGGUUGGUGGAGUCAAGUUGGGCCCUGAUAGCAUGUGAUGGCUCGGCGUCUUCGGGUGCUGGGACUGUCCCCUCUGUAACAUCCGCAUUCUUAUGCUAAUAUAUGUUAUUGUGCAAGCGAUGAUGCGGCUUGAUGCGGUGAUGCGGUUUGUGGCCGAAAGAGGGCCUUGUAAACCAGAAGAAAG